CACGCAAUUCACACCCCCAAACUACACCCACUCUCUGCCUCCCUCUCUUCUUCCUUUUACUCUUCUCUCUCUCUCCUCAUCAUCAGUGAUGUCUCUUCUCUCUUUUCUCUCCCGAGCCCCCUUUUGAAACUUUUUAAGCACACUCACUUUUUCACGAGCAUUGCCUGAAAAAACUAGGGUUUCGUCUCACAAAAGGUCAAUACUCGAGAUUGGCUCAAGGGAAUCCAUUAAAGAUCCUUUUUUUUUUCUCUCUUCUUUUGCACCAGAGGACGAUUUUCCAAGACCCUGUCGGUGCUUCUUCUUCUUCUUAUAAUCUCAACCUCCAUAACCUUAUACCCCAGGUUUGAUCCUAUGCUUACUAUGUGUCUUUAAUUGGUCUGAUUUUGGUUCUCAUUCAAUGGUUUUCGAGAUCGAACAUGUGAAAGUUUAGUAACUAGGUCAUGUGGACUGAAAUAGCUAAAGGGAAAAGAUUAAUUUGCCAUUAUUAGCGUCAAAAAAGUGGAAUUACUUGCUUCGAGCUACUUUUUCUGGAGACGUACUUGUGAAGCAAUUUAGUGUUUUCAUGUUCCCUAACUGUUUUCAGUCCAUUGAAUCCGGACUUUUACUGUGUGAUGAAGAUGGAAGAUUCCGGAUCGUCUUCUUGCUUAGAACUCGUGAUUUGAUUUGGAAUUGAGUUGAAUAAGUGAAAAUUUUGGAUACAACUUGUGAUGCUUUUUUUUUGGAUAUAUAAGCUGUUUUUCUGAUCAAAUUGAUGGGUAUCGAUAGUGGGUUCUCUAGAGGAUCAAUUAAAGCUUAGUGGUUUAGCUAGACGGGCUUCAAUUGAAAAUAUUUAUGUUGUAAUCUAACUGUGAGUAGAAUAGGCUGGGUUUUUAAGAUGGAGGAUAUUGGGUUGUUCAAGCAAGGGUGGAAAUGGCUGCAAUCGAAGAGGCAUUGUUACCCGGUAGCACGAACUGCGGUGAUCAGUUUCAGGGACAAAAUCGGAAUGUUUAUGGAGCGUCACUGGCCAAUGGUUUGCAGUGGAUGUGCAAGACUGGGGAGGAUCUUGCUUUUGUUGUUGAUUUAUUGGUGGGAUUGUGUGCUCCGGGGAGUUCGGUCAUUUAUUGGACUGGGUUCAGUGGCGCUGCUCCUUAUAAUGUGGAGUUGCUUUCUUAGUUUGACAUCAAUGUCGUGUCUGGUCUAUGUACUUAUGAGUAUGGGAGCUGCCGGGGCUGCUGUUCAGUACUUGGGUUAUACUCCUGGACUUUUCAUUGUAGGGCUAUUCGCUAUUUUGAUUUUAUGGAUGUACGCUAACUUUUGGAUAAUGGGUACAUUGUUUAUAGUUGGAGGUUAUUUGUUUUCUUUAAAUCAUGCGCGGUUAGUAGUCUUAAUGGCAACUAUAUAUGCUGUCUAUUGUGUCAAAGUUCGAGUUGGAUGGCUUGGAGUUCUUCUGUCAAUAAACCUUUCUUUCCUCUCAAAUGAUGUAUUGAAUUACUUGCUCCAAUGGUGCGAUAAUUUGAGUGAAAAUUCUCAUUUUGAGGAGCAGAAGGAACCAGAGUCAUUUGCAGAAGAUGAUUUGUCUGGGGAGUGUGGAUAUUCUGUUCCUAUUGAUGAACCUGAAAAGUUGCACUCCUGUAAAUCAUCUAGCAAAACUGCUGCUACUUCAUCUGUUAUAUGCAAACAAAAAGAAUCCUCUGCUAAACAGGUGGUCAGAGAAGAUACAAGUUCAAUCGAUGAGAUGAAGCGGAUAUUAGGUAGCACGGAUCACUACGAAGCACUGGGAUUUCCCCGCCAGAAGAAAAUUGACGCUAUGUUGUUGAAAAAGGAAUAUCGGAAAAAAGCCAUGCUUGUGCAUCCUGAUAAGAAUAUGGGAAGUCCACAAGCAAGUGAAUCAUUCCAGAAACUUCAAUGUGCAUAUGAGGUUCUUUCUGAUUCUGUGAAGAAGAGAGACUAUGAUGAGCACUUAAGGAAGGAAGAAUCUAAGCGUGUCUCUCAGACUUCACAUAAUGCUUCACAUCCGGAUGGCUCUGAUUACUGCUCUGAGGAGUCCAGGCGUAUACACUGCACAAAAUGUGGCAAUUCACACGUUUGGGUUUGCACCAAUAGGUCUAAGGCCAAGGCAAGAUGGUGUCAGGAUUGCUGUCAAUAUCAUCAAGCCAAGGAUGGAGAUGGAUGGGUUGAAUAUAAAGGCUCACUGGUCUUUGAUCAGCCUCAAAAGGUGGAAAUACCACGUGCUUUUGUUUGUGCUGAGAGCAAGAUAUUCGACGUAUCAGAAUGGGCUAUUUGUCAGGGAAUGGCUUGUAGGCCGAAUACUCAUCGGCCUAGUUUCCAUGUAAACAUGGUUGGGCUGGAGAAAACUCAGAGAUCCAACUCAAGCAGGUAUCCAUGGGAUUUGGAUGCUGAAAUGACAGAUGAAGAGGAAGAAUUUGAACUGUGGUUACAGCAAGCUCUGGCCUCUGGCAUAUUUUCCGAGACACCCAAACGCAGAAAGAGCUGGAGUCCCUUCAAGUUGCAUCAAAAGAAAGGAAAGAAACCAUCGCGAAGAUCAUCUCCAUGAGUGCAAAACCCUUGUUGUAUCGACAGAUCUACUUCCUCCUCUGACUCGUCAAGAACUUAAAAUAGAGAAUGUCAAGAUUUAAAGUUGCCCCCAUGAUAUCAAAGAGAUGAGAAUGGGGAUGGUUGGGGUGGGGUAGAGAGAAAUAGAAAAUCAACUAUUUGAUCCUUGUGCCUGUAAAUAACACAAGAUUUUUAUUUAUUUAUUUUCCUUCUUUUUUCGGUCACAUUUCGUCCGAUGCAGAUGUUUUGUCUGCCCUCUGAAGGUUCAUACGUGAGAAUCGCUAGUGAACAGAACUGAGUGCACGCUUAUUUGUGUAUAUUGAUUUGACUCCCCUACCUUCUAUUAUGCACUUGUAAUAAUUAAAAAAAUCCAUUUUUUUUUUUUUUUUUUAAAUCGUCAGAUUCUCUGCCCCCUUUUCCGUUUA